AUGAACAGACAACAGAAUGGAUUUUGUCUUGUGUGAAAUUUAAUGUUUUCACAAUAUGAAUGAAAAGAUCAUUUUCUUGACUGCUUGAGCAAUUAGUAUAAAAAUACCUACAAAAAUGACAUCUACAGAAGUUGAUGAUCUAUUAUCUGGUCCAUUGGUGACAUGGUUCGCCAGUUGCCUAGAGGAUUCUAAUUUAUUAACUAGUUACGAUGAUUUGGUGGAUGGUAUGUUACUACAUAAUGUAUUUUUACAAAUAGAUCCAGAGCCAUUACAUGAUGAAAUUAUCGCUUCAGAGGAUAGUCCACUAAUUCGUGCAAAAAAUUUGAAAGUUAUAGUAGACAAUAUAAAACAGUUUUAUGAAGAAGAAUUGGGUCACUUAGUUUUAAGGGUACCAGAUACAACAAACUUAGGAAAAGAACCAGGACAUUAUGUUUCUGAAAUGAAAUUAUUAUUACUAUUACUCCUUGGUUGUGCUGUACAAUGUCCUAAUAAGGAGAAAUUUAUCACAAAAAUAAAGACAUUGAAUGUUGACACACAACUUGCAAUAGUAGAAUGUAUUAAACAAGUUACAGAUUACCAAGAUAUCGUUCUUACUCAAGACGCAAUGGAAAAUGUAAAUAUGAGUACAUUAUUUAUGCAGAUAAAAAAGUUGACACAAGAGUUGGACAUAUAUCGUCAGAGAUGGAGAGAUAAUACUAUAAGUGAAAAUGUUGAAAGAAAUGAUUCUUCAAAUAGUGUGGAAGCAGAAGAUAUGAAUAAAGUUCAAUUAUCUAAUCCUGUUACUAAAUCAGAACGUGAAGAUAACCAUCAUUAUGCAGUUGAAUUGGCAGAUUGGAAAUCCAAAGUUAGAAAACAACGACAAGAAUUGGAAGAAAAAACUGAAGCAUUGUUAGAAUGUAAAGAGGAUCUUGAGUAUCACAAAAUAUUGGUGACGAAAUUAAAGCAAGAGAAUCACGACUUGAUGCAUGAAGCACGUACAGCAAAAUCUUACAGAGAUGAAUUAGAUGCAGUAAUUGAAAGAGCAGAUCGUGCUGAUAGAUUAGAGCAAGAAGUAGUAAGAUACAGAGAGAAACUUACAGAUAUUGAAUUCUAUAAAACUCGUAUAGAAGAGCUAAGGGAAGAUAAUAGAGUCUUGAUGGAGACCAGAGAAAUGCUCGAAGAUCAGUUGAAUUCGUCGCGGAGAAGAGCAGAUAAAGUGUUAGAGCUUGAGUCCGAAAUAAUUAAAUAUAAACAACUAUUAAACGAUAUGGCAUUGGAACGCGGAGCGGAUAAAGAAAAGUACCAAGAACUUGUUGAAGAAAAUACUCAACUGCACAAAUUAACAAAAGCUGCAGCAAAUGAAGCUGCAUUAGCUGAUUCCAUAAGUGAUUCUGAUGAGCCAGCACACACUGAUAAUAGAUUGUCCGAACAAUUGACAAAUAAUGCCCAAACGCGAGCGUUGAAGUUAGAGUUAGAAAAUCGCCGAUUACUUACCUUGAUAGAUUCUAUGAAGGAAAAUUCAUUUCAUGAGAAUUCUUCUCGAGUUUUGGAGUUGGAAAAAGAGAAAAAAAAACAAUCUUUAAAGAUUGAAUCAUUGAACGACAACAUUGAAAGGCUUACGCAACAGAAUGCAGAUCUAGAAUUGGUGUGGAAGCAAGCUCUUGAGGAAAACAAGAAAUUACAAAAUUCAUUGAAAAGUCAAAGAGCACAGUCGGAGAAACAACAACAAGAAUUUCAAGCUCAACAUACAAAGAUGAUAGAAUUAGAAAAAAAUUAUGACACCGCAGUGAAAGAGAAACAGCGAGUUCAAUCUUUAUUAGAAAGCGUACAAAGGCGAGCAGAUGAUUUAGAACGAUCUUUCGAACUCGCUAAUCAGAAAGUAGAAGAACUAAAGAUUAUGGAGAAUAAUAUGGAAGAUCUUAGCACUAAGUGUCUUGAUUUUGAGUCAAAACUUGUAACGUUAGAGAAAGAGAAAGAUACAGCACAACGUGAUGUUCAUCGGUAUAGGGAAACAAUAGAGGAAAAAGAUGUUGCAUUGGAUAAAGCAGCAAAUAGUAUUGAAGUUUUGGAAAAGAAAGUGAUACAACUUGAACAAGAACUCCAUGAUCAUGUCGUACAAAUUUCAAGAUUGCAGGAAAUUGAAAGAUCUAGUAAGGAAUUAGAUUCGCGGGCGGCCAUCGACAGAGAGACAUUAGAGAUUUUACAAUCUACUUUGGUAGCUGAAAAAUUAAAUUCUCAGCAAUUAUACACGAUUCUAGAUAAACUUGGACUCAGUGAUAAUAUGAUAUUGUCGCUUCCACUGGACAAUAUCCUUGAAAAGAUUGCACAAAUUCCAGAAGUUGUUGAGUAUGUUCGAAGGAUAAGCAAUUCUUAUUCCUGUGUAAACUUGGUCUCUGAAUCUACAAGUCCUGAAACUAAUGAAACGAUUAGUUUGCAUAGUACAUUAGAGGCAACUGUGGAAUCACUUAAGAAGGAGCAAGAACAUUUACAUAUGAAAUUAAUUAGCACACAAACGGCAUCAGAGAAUCUUUUGUCUGAAAAUGCAAAAUUUCAAGUACAAAUUACAACGUUACAAUCUCAAAAUAAUUCUUUAGCAGCACAACAUACUGCUUUGCAACUUGCAAAUUCACAACUUGUUGCUGAAAAAGAAGAGUUGUUGAAAGAACGUGUGACUCAGCACCAGACGCAUAUGCAGCUCCUUCGCGAUCAAGAUACCUUGCAAUCUUUACAUGAACAAUUAAAUAACGAGUAUGAAAAUUUAUUUCAUGAGCAUGACGUUCUGAAAUCAAAUUUACGAGAUGUAAAAAACGAAAUUAGAACAUUGCGCGAGUCAUAUGAGAGUAUGGAAGGAAAAAAUAAAGCACUUCAAGCAGAAAAAGAGUCCUUAGUAAAUAAUGCUAAGAGUUUGAACAACUUGCGAGGAGAACAUUCCAAAUUAAAGGAUGACUUCAGAAAUUUGUACACUGCUACAGAAAAAUUAAAAAUGGAGUAUAGGAAUUUGCAAGAAGAUUACCGGAAAAAUAAAAUCGAGACGAAUCGACUGAGUCUUAAGUUAACAGAAAUACAAGGAGAACUUAGCAGUAGAGACGAAAGAUGCUCGAACCUUGAACUUCAAUUUAACAAGCUUAAUAAAUGUUGUGAAAUGCUGUUGCAUAUGAAUGCUGGAUUAGACAAAGACAAGCGUUCAUUAAUGGAUCACAUUAGUGUAUUAUUUACUCAGUAUCAUGAACUUCUGACUCGAUCUCUAGAAGAUAAAGAACAGUAUCACAUGGAAGAGAAGAUGUACACGGACAAAGUGAACUACUUGUACAGACAAAAGGAAAAAUUAGAAGAUAAGAUUAUGGAACAUUACAAAAAAUUAGAAAGCUGUACUCCAAAGAAGAAAGGAUUUGGUGCCAAUUUAGUGAGAAGAGUCAGAAAAGCUGGGUCAGAACUGCUUAAUAAGAAUCGUCGAUCUUGGGCAGAUGACUCUAAGCUUUCAGAAGGUAAAACAUAUGAAUCAGAAUCUGGAGGAAAUGAUUCAGAUGCUAGCACCGAAGAUCAUUUAGCAGGGUCAGCUAGCAGGGGCCUUGGAUCAGACACAUUGUCCCUUGGUCACCCAGGAACAAGAAGAACUGUAUAUUAUACUGACGAUUCUCCACCUCCAUCAGCUACUGCACCAGAGCAGAGUGACGACAGACGUUCAGUAUUGAUGGGCGAGUCCCCAAGACCAGAAGUACAAGUAGAACCUCGUCCAGUUCUUAUAUAUAAUAAGGUCUCGGCAGUGAUAAACGAAUCAAAAAAUAUGAAUAGCGAAAUGAAAGAAGUAGGACAAGAGGAAACUAUUAUAGAUCCUCCCUUAGAUAAAGAUCCGAAAGCAGGGAGUCCUGUGUGGUACGAAUACGGUUGUGUAUAAUUUUAUGUUGUUUUUAUCCAUUCCUUGGAUUACUACAUUAUAUUUUUAUCGUAAUCGAAUCCGUCUUACUUACACCAUCUACUGUCUUACAAGAUUGUUUAAACGAUUGCAUUUUCGAAAUUCCUGAAGCUAAAUGUAACUUUAAUCGAGCAUUUAAUUCUAAUUUUGUAUGUCUGUAAUACUUCUAGAUAUAAUACUUUGUUCAAUAUUUUUGUAUUAAUGUUUUUGGCGCAUUUGAUAUAUUAAUGUGCACAUAUUAAUGAUUUUAAGGCGAUUAAAAGGCAUUACGUAGUCUUAUGAAUGUAAUAAUAUGACAAGAACGUUCUUCACCGAGUGCAGUGUAAUACUUAUUGCGUAGUACUGAGAGCAUGGCCUAAUUAUUACUUGAUUCGUUUUUUACUGUAAAUUGUUAGAUCGAUCGCAACGCCUAAUUUUUUUUCUGUAUUUCAUAAAACAUCAAAUAAUAAUUACUUAUAUAAAAAAAACAAAGAAGA